AAUAAAAUGAAAAGAAUUAGUUUUGAUUAUGGUUAUAGUUAAUAGAGAGAGAGAGAGAGGGAGACACGAGGCAUUGGUCAGACAGAGAGAAAGCUAAAAGCACUGCCAAAAUAAUCAGAGGAAAAGAGAUGAGAGAAUUAAAUUUGAGGUAAUUGCAGCAGACAACACUGUCCAUGGCGGCGUUGCAGACAAACACCACCACCGCCUCCGCCUCCACCAGCAGUCUGCAAGCAGCUGUAAUUCCGUGUUUUACAAUUUAAUGACGCACACUCUUCCUUAAACACUUCUCUCUCUACAUUCUAACAAAAUAUCUACUGCAAACAAACACAACUAAUAACAUCAGACAAACAAUUACCCUAACCACCAGUUCGGUUACUGUAAUUAUCAUUUGUCAAGAACCAGAGUUACUUACCAGACCCCAAAAAAAAGCUGAAACAAUCAAGAAACGAGCGGAAUUCCGCUCAUAAAAACACAAAAUUGCGAAGUGAGAGUUUGAUAUGGAUUUGGCGUUGAAAUUGAAGAGUAUUAGGUCAGGUUUAGAGGUGGAAAAAUGGCUGGUUUAUUCUCAUUAGGAAGCGGAAGCGGAACCGGAGGAGGAGGAGGAAGAACUAACAAUACAAACAAUAAUAACCUAGCAGACAACACUAACCCAGCAACUGAAAUCCCACAAGAAAGCUGGUUCUGGUACAAAAAUGAAGACUACAACACCACAAACAACAAGGGUUUCGAACUGUGGCAGCAGCACCACCAACAGCAAGAAUUUCUGCAACAACGUCAUCUCCAGCAGCAAGAUCUUUACUCUUCAGCUGCUGGAUUAGGAGUAGGACCGAGUCAUGUUGACUCCCCAUCAAGAUCAGGCUUCAUGAUGAUGAGACCGAGCAGUAGUAGUAGUGGAAUGAGCUGCCAAGACUGUGGAAAUCAAGCGAAAAAAGACUGCAUACACAUGCGGUGUAGAACUUGCUGCAAGAGUAGAGGCUUCGACUGCUCCACCCAUGUUAAAAGCACUUGGGUUCCCGCUUCUAAACGCCGCGAACGACAACAGCAGCUCACUGCUCUUCAACAGCAACAGCAACACCAAAUUCAAAUCCAUGGAGACAACCCGAAAAGAGUUAGAGAAAAUCCCACUUCUUCGGGGUUAGAGCUAGGGAAUUUUCCGCCAGAAGUAAACACAUCGGCUGUUUUCCGCUGUGUAAGAGUGAGCGGCAUUGAUGAAAACGACGAGCAAUAUGCAUAUCAGACGGCUGUGAACAUCGGUGGUCAUGUUUUCAAAGGAAUUCUCUACGAUCAUGGCCCUGAAAGCUCUUAUAUUCCACCUACGGAAACCUCCUCCGGUGGCGGUGAGCUUCAGCCUCUUAACUUAAUCACAGCAGCCGCCGCUAUCUCUUCCACUGGCGGUGGUGGAGUAACGUCGGGUUCAUCUAAUGCAUUUUUAGAUCCGUCAUCUUUAUACCCAACUCCACUCAAUACUUUCAUGGCUGGUACGCAAUUCUUUCCGAACCCAAGAUCAUGAAAUAAAAACCGAACCCUCCCCCCUCAUUUUCUUGAUUUGUAUUUGCUUAGUAGUUUCAAAACAUUUUUCACUAUCUUUUGUUUUAAGUAUUUUGAUAAUGAUCAUCAUAAAUGUAGUUGAGAAUUGAGAAACAAGUACAUUGAUUAGACACGUUCAUUAAAAAAAAGACAAAGAAGAGAAAAUCAGGAACAUGUUGUGUUUUUAAGUAUUAUUCACUCUUCUUGA